AUGGCUGCGAAAUUUAAAUCAUUUAAUGACACGUUCAUCCACUGCGCCUUUGCCUUAGCCAUUGCCCUCAUCUAUCCUAAUAUUUAUAAUAAGCGUAAAAGACUCUUCUAUUUCUCUAUCGUUGUCGCAAUAAACUGUCCCAUCCUCUACUGGUUCCUUUUGUACUUGUACAAAUGCCUCAUCACCCUGGAUAUGAUCAACCUCGCUAACAAUAUCACUAUCGGAAUCCUCGCCACACUCUUCUUUUUCAAAUCCUUCUACGGCAUCUAUAAGACGGAGAUUUUCGCUAAACUCCUAAAUAAGAUCUCUAACGAUAUGCUCAAAGGUAACGAGCUGGAUAAGGACUAUCAAGAUAUAUAUGAAUAUUAUAUAAAAAUCGGUAUGCACGGACAAACUUGUUGGAUUCUCAUACCAAUAUUAUUGAGUUCUCAAUUUCCUUUAUACGCGAGCGGGUGUAUGAUUUAUGAUAUUAUAACAAGCGGUGAAGGCAAACGCUAUAUGGUUCACGAGAUGGAAUUAAAGUACAUCGAAGACAGACAAUAUGAGACACCAUAUUUUGAACUGGUUUUUGCGUAUAACUUGGUUCAGUGUGUGGUUCUAUCUGUAAACUUCGCUGGUUUAGAUGGAUCGUUUUGCAUUGCGACGACGCAUCUUCGUAUGAAACUGAAGUUGGUGAGUCAUAAAAUUCACUGCGCGUUCAGAGAUUCGAAGAAUAGAGAUGAACUAGAGGUACGAGUGAAAGAGUCAAUAAGAGACCAUCAGGAAGCCUUAGAUUUCUACAAAGACUUGCAGGAAGUCUAUGGUGGAUGGUUGUUCGCUGUUUUUCUGCUGACAUCAUUGUUGAUUUCGUUCAACUUGUACCAGAUAUACCUGAGCAGGCGCGUCGACCCCAAGUACACCAUUUUUGCGAUAAGUGGUGUUAUUCAUAUGUUCGCCCCUUGUUAUUUCGCGAGCGAUUUGACAAAGACAAGCGAAGAAUUCAGUUGGGACAUUUAUUCAGCAGCCUGGGAGGUUUGGGCUGAUCCCGUAGUCACCAAUCUUCUCAUCUUCAUGAUAGCUAAAUCUCAACAGAUCUUAAUCCUAACUGGGAAGGGUAUGGUCUACUUCAACAUGCAACUGUUCAUAUCAGUAUUGCAGACAUCGUAUUCAUUCUUUACGUUGAUAACUAGCUAA